UCAAAACGCACUCGCAAUUACUGCUGAACACCAUCAAAACUUCAACAUGGUAUCUGUGGGAUCAGCACUUCUAUUUACACAUCUCGGUCCGCCAGUGGGGCCACCAUGAAACGCAAGGCUGAGAUGCACAGACCAAAUUUACACACGGCGGUUAUCUAGCCUUGCCUCAUGAAACAAACCACUCCUCCUCCUCACAUCAGAUUCGUCUCAUAUGCACUCCUCAAAAAAAAUGAUGCCACUUAUAUGAAUGAACUUCUCCUCCCCUCACAUUCUCUUCAUCCCAUCCAUCGAGUUCUCCCAAAAAUCAUCCCAACUCUCUUCUACAGAAUUUCCAGCCAAACACUCUCAAAAUGAAUCGACCACGCCAAGGCGAAGAGCUCCCAUGGGCUAAACCCCUCAGCAUAGAUCUCCUGCACAAAGUGCUCCAAGUAACUUUCCUGCACCCUUUCGUCGCCUGGAUGAUUCCCCUUUGUAUGCGCGCCCAAGCAAUGCCCUGGCAUCAUCAAGCCAUUCAGUAUGCCAUCGGCUAUGCUUCUCUCCUCACCAUGUUAUAUUUCCUUUCCAUCCUCAAUCGUCAAAUCGCAUACUCUAAAGCCCGAGAAGUAGAUCUUUUAGAAGAGGUUAUAGUGAUUACGGGCGGCGCUAGCGGACUGGGAUUGUUGGUUGCUGAGGUUUAUGGAAUGCGCGGCGCGACGGUUGCGGUGUUAGAUGUGAGAGAUUUGGAGAGUGGAGAGGCGAGGGGAGUGAGUUAUUAUAAGUGCGAUGUUGGAAAUCGAGAGGAGGUUGCUAGAGUGGCUGUGGAGAUUGAGCGAGAUCUCGGUACCCCUACAAUCCUCAUCAACAAUGCGGCGAUUGUAAAUGGCAAAUCGCUUAUGGAUCUAUCUCUCGAUGAAAUAGAACAGAAUUUCAAAGUAAACCUCCUAGGAAGUUUCUACACUCUCAAAGCCUUCCUCCCAGGCCUCAUCCGCACCGGUCACGGUACUAUCGUAACCAUGUCCAGUGUUCUAGGCCAUCUAGGAGCCGCUCAACUCAGCGACUACAGCGCUUCCAAAGCCGGCCUUACUGCGCUGCACCACUCUCUAACUGCAGAACUCAAAGCCUAUCCUAAUAUCAAAACGGUAUUAGUUGAGCCAGGCCAAUUGAGCACUCCGUUAUUUUCCGGUACCGUAACGCCAAAUAGUUUUUUCGCGCCGAUACUGGAACCGGUUGAUGUGGCGAGGGAAAUUAUCGCGACGAUCGAUAAGGGAAGUAGUGCGGUGUUGGCUAUGCCGUUGUAUGCGCGAUGGGUGGAAUGGAUGGGGGUUUUGCCUGUGGGAGUGCAGGCGAUUGCUAGGAGGGUUAGUGGGAUUGAUGGGGCGAUGAAGACCUUUGAAGGGAGGAGGGAAGGAAGUAAGGAGAAGGAAAGUCUGAUUUAGAUGAAUGGUUUUGAUGCUGGCAUCGGAUCUGUAUGGACUGGAUAGGGAGAUAGAGGUAUAAUAUGAAUGGAUGAGAUUGGAUGGGAUGGUAUGGGACGAUUUAUAAUGAUAUCUAAGAAUCAUCAUUACUCUGUGGUAUCACUGGGGUUCAUGGAAUGAUCACAUAUAAUCUGAUGUAAUUUUAUAUCAAAUCAAGUACACAUACAUAUGCUACGAGUAGUUGUCCCCGA